UUCGUGUCAAGAGUUCACGAAAAACAGGUUUUUUGAGCGAAAAACUCCCAAAAACUGAAAUGUCUUCCGAUUUGAGCGCUUUUUUGUCCGACAAAUGCGUGUUAAUUACCGGCGGAACGGGAUUUGUGGGCAAAGCCCUCGUCGAGAAGAUCCUGCGAUCGGUUCCCGACGUGAAGACUGUCUUCUUGUUGUUGCGGCCAAAGAGCGGACAAACGGCCGAAAAGCGUUUGAAGCAAUUGCUGGCGAACUCCGUCUUUGACGCCAUUCGUCGUCUCGAUGGCCAACAGCUCGCGAAAGUGGUCGCCGUUUGCGGUGACGUCACUCACGAAGAGCUCGGACUCAACCCUCUCGACCGCCACGCCCUCCAAGACGCCGUUCACGUGGUCUUCAACUGCGCCGCGACCAUCCGUUUCGACGAACCGCUCAGACGCGCUCUUCAGCUGAACGUCGUUUCCGCUCAACGACUCCUCCGAUUGGUUCAGAGUUUCGCGCGAAUCGAGGCUGUCGUUCACGUGUCGACCGCGUACUGCACGCGCGACAAACGGGACGUCCGCGAGAGUGUGGAGGCGGAGGGCGUGUCCGUCGAGCGCCUAUUGGACGCCUCGGAGUGGUUGGAGGCGGAGCUUCUGGAGGGCGUGGCCAAACGCCAGCUCUUCGGCGAACGCCACUCCUCCUACCACUUCACCAAAUCGCUGGCAGAGGGCGUGUUCGCC